AUGUCCGAAUCCAACAAAAAAGUCUUCCUGAUCGGUCCCGGCUACAUCGGCCUCGAAGUCCUGGACCGACUCCUGGAAGAUGGCUACACAGUCACAACUCUCGUUCGCCGAAAAGAGGCAGCAGAAGAAUUAAAGCAGAAACAAAACAUCGAGGUGGUGAUGGGAACAAUCGACGACCAAGAUCUCAUCACCCAGCAAACUGCAAAUCACGACAUCGUCAUUCACACCGCUACAGCAGACCACUUGCCUUCCGUGCAAGCCGUAAUCAAAGGCAUUGAGCAAAGAGCUGCCAAAGACAAACACACCAUCUACAUCCACACCAGCGGCUGCAGUUUCCUCAGCGACGACAGCCACGGCGCAUACGGAAGCGAUAAAAUCUACAAAGACACCAAUCCAGCAGAUCUCGAUGCACGACCAGAUACUUCUUCGCACCGUGGCAUCGAUCUCGCCAUCCUCGACGCCAGAAACAAAUUGGGUACAAAGGCCAAAUUGUUCAUCAUACUGCCUCCAUUGAUCUACGGCGCUUCAAGUCAUGGCAAGUUGUCCAUUCAGGUCAUCACAAUGGCUCGCUUUGCUUUGAAGCACAAAUAUGCUGGUUAUGUCGGUGGAGGUAAGGGAAUAUGGGGUCUGGUCCACGUCAAGGAUCUCUCCUAUGGAUAUGCCACGGUCCUGCAGUUGCUAGAAAACUCUCCAGGCACGGUGAGCCUGGAGAACCCAUACUUCUUCUGCGAGAACGGCGAGGAGGCCACUUGGGGACAGUGUGCAGCUUUCAUUGGAAAAGAGCUGAAAGCAGCCGGCAAGAUCGAUGAUGCAUCGCCGCGAGAAAUCCCUCCGGAGCAGUAUGUGGAUUUGUUCGGCAAGUAUUCGGAUGUGGUCAUCGCGAGUAACGCUAGGAAUAGAGCUGAGAGGUUGAGGCAACUGGGUUGGAAGCCCAAGCACACGGAUAUCCAUCAAGCGUUCAGAGAUGAGGAGCUGCCGAUUCUGCUCAAAGAGACUGCUGAGUUCAACGGUUAUGCGAAGGAAGCAGCAUCGGGCUCUGGCUGA